CUUUUGUCCAAUUGGAAUUCGACAACUGGUGUUUAUGGAUGAGCGUGUUGUAAAAUAGUUGAUAUUCACAUUUGCCGGUUAAUUAUUAGUAAAACGUAAAGAAUAUCUGCUUUGUAAACCAGGUUACAGUUAUAAUUUGUUAGAAUAUUGUAUUUUUAUUUUCUGAGUAGUGUUCAUUUUGAUAUUCUGUGAGUGAUUGAAACACACACAUUCAAACAACCAAAAUGGACUUCAAAAUAUUUUUGUCAACUCUCUUAUAUCUUACAUUUAAUUGUGUUGCUGCUUUAAAAAAAGAAGACUGUGAAGUAUGUUUCACCGUUGUAGAAAAAUUUAGUGCUACACUGACGUCAGCCAUGAAAGAGGAUAAGAAAUUGAUCGAAGAUGAAUUCAAAAAGUUCUGUAAGAACUCGAAAGUUUCUGGUUAUCGGUCUAAUACAUGCUAUUAUUUGGGAGGCCUUGAAACAUCAGCGACUGGUAUACUAUCAGAGAUGUCCAGACCCCUCCAAUUCAAUGUUCCCACAGAUGUUAUCUGCAGAAAACUGAAAAAACUGGACGGUCAAAUUUGUGAUUUGCGAUAUGACAAGCAAAUCGACUUCAAAACGGUCGAUCUGAAGAAAUUGAAGGUGCGAGACCUGAAGAAAAUCUUGAACGACUGGGAAGAAGACUGUGAGGGAUGCCUGGAGAAGACAGACUACAUCCGAAGAAUAACAGAGCUGAUGCCCAAGUACGUUCGCGACGAGUUAUAAGUGAUUUCGAUUCAUAAACUUGGUGGGACGGUGGUAUUCUAAAGAAAAAAGUUCUCGAACGAUCAUCUAUUGUCCAACGUUAUCGGUACAUGUAUUCAUCAGUAUCAUCAACUACAUUCUCACUAUAAUUGGAGAUUUUUUAUUUUGUCUACCGUUGCAUUAAAAUAUUUGGAGAUUUACAAUUAUUUCAGUAUCAUGAUAAUCAUCAUCCUAACGUUUCACUGAAAUUGGAGGUUUACGAUUUCAUAUGUCAUCAUUAUCAUCAUCAACACAUUAUCAUUUUCAUCAUAAUCAUUGUUAUCUUAGUAUUGAAAUUCCACAUCAAUCAUAAUUUUUGCGUUAUGCUACAGUUGGUCAUUUUCAAGUAGCCUAUUAAUCGAUUUCGCCCAUUUAUGUAUGAAUACAUUGAUACAUUUUGUUUCAAUUGUGUUGCAUUUGGUAACAACUUUGAUAAAUUUUUGAACAAUUUAAGAAAUUUACAAACUUUUCAACAAUUUACAAAAGUUUCUCAUUUAUAGUUGAGAGAUUUUGACAAAAAUUGGAAAAGAUUUAAUUCAUUAUCGAAUUAUAGUGAUCUUGAAUCUUAAUUCAUUAUCUCCAAACAGCAAUGAAUUUUCAAUUUCAAAGUUGGUAUUGUUUGUAUAGUUUUGAUAAGAAUCGAAUUGUAUCAAAUUUGAUUUUCAAUCAUAAUUCGAUGUAUUAUGAGUAUGAUGAUAUUAACAUUGGAAUUAUUAUAAUUCAUAACGUAGAGCAAUUUUGAAAUAAGUAUACUGUUUGUUCAUCAUUUCACAACAUUUUCCAGCAGUAAAAUGAAUUUAGAUCCUAUAUGAUUCAUUAUACGAUCUCCGGUGAUAUAUUGACAUUUAUAGAUUGAGGCCAAAAAUUAUUUGUAUCUUGUAAUCUCAUUUUGCUAAGAUUUGCAUAUCAUUUCAAAUUUUCAAUUAAUUCAUUACUUUUCUUAAGUAAUCUUGCUCCUCAUUGAGUACUUAUUUUUUAGUCAAAUUCAUAAAUCUCUCAUUUGGAUUCUUUUGAAAAUAUUUGGUUUGUUUGAAUAGACCACAAAGAGUUGAUUAUUUAUUUCAUGAUAAUUAUUGUUAGUUCAUUAUCUAAAACUCAGAUAUAGUUUUAUUUAUUU